UUCUAUGGUGACGUCACAUAAUAGGGCUACUUGCAUGAUCCGGAUAUUCAUUGGUGGAUGUUUGGUGGUUGUUCGACUUCAUCGGCGGCCAUAGCCGAUGUUAUUCACGGAAAGUGGCGGGGCGCAGGCAGAUAGCGAUGGCGGCAGAUACCAGCGGGAACUAUGAAUGGCAAUGGCGGCUCCUACAGGCAGGCCGGUGAACCAAAAUAGUCGUUGGUGGAAUGGGUCAUCACCUCGCGCCGGGACGCAGUUUCGGGGCACGAAACACCAUUUUUCCGAUCGAUGACGGGAACGUUCGCCCGGGAGAGUGGUUCCCGGGGAUCUUCUGUCGGUAGUAGAACAAAAGCACAGAGAAAAAGGCCCAAUUGAUGGACCUAACCACACUUAUUAGCACCUUAUGACGUCACUAUGCAAAGCCCUAUAAAUUGCCGUGCUAUAACAAUAAACUUAAGAAUUUACCUUUUUCUAUGGUUUCUUCACACACUUUAACUUUUUGUUGUGCUUGGUUCGUUUUUAGCUUUUAGCAUAAUAGUAACUGUAGGAAAUAACUAAUUACUUUUAAGUUCAUUCUAACAAUUUUUGUCACUAACCGUACUAAUAUUUGCAUGAUUUUAACCAAAUAACAUUUGCACUAAUCGUUACUAACAAUUAUUUCGACCUAAGACAAAAGAAACAACACUGAAUAAUAAAACUUUCACCAUAUACAAAAAUUAACAAUUAACAUACUAACUCUACAAUCUACACACGCGCGCACUACAACUCUGUUUGAAUAUUGUGCCUUGCAAGAUAAAUCCGCGAAACGCGUUUGUCUUCUUCUUUCCCAUCAAGUUGCCAAAAUAUGACCGCACCACUAUGAGCACCAGAUGGUCAAAAAUUCUGUAUGCGGCGCUUAUAUCAAAUCCACAUGAGGCUGCGGCGAUAUGGCCGCGAGGAAAUGCACGCGAUACAGACGCAAUGACGAAAUGAAAAAAGUGAAGCCGCAUUUUCCUGCAGCAUGAUCUAUUUAUCAUCCAUAUUCUUACAAAGCCGAUGAGGUGAUGAGUAUGCAUAUAUUAGUGGAACAAUGUCGCGAUAAAUAUUCUUACGAUUUCUGGCCACCUGAGUUGCCAUUGUGCUAAUUUUUGUUUUGAUAUGAACAGCCUGAAGGCUGCUGCGAUGCUGCUGGGUUGGUGACAGUAUCUGUUCGGUUUUGACAUUGCGUCUGUAUCGCGGGUAUCUCCUAGCGGCCAUAUCGCCGCCGCUCAAUGUGGAUUUAUUAUGAGCGCCGCAAUAUCACGAUCGGAAAAGAAACUCCGAGAGGAAGCUCUGAGCUUUUUAUAGACGAGUCAAACAUACAUUUUACAUUUUCCAUACAAAUAACAUAAAGUUACAUUGUAUGCACCUUUAAUGCCGGAAAUAUGAACAAGCACCCUAUUUUUGCUGGCUCCAUCUGUGAGUGAACAACGAUUGACCCAGUUAUGUUUUGGCCUGACAGCUCAAACUGUUAUACGAGUAGGUUGUCACCUAAACAGGGUGGAACAUGAAAGAGGAGAAACGCUCUGACACUCAUCAAGCCGCUGAGUGCAGCCAUUGCUCCCUGAUAGUGUUAGUGGGAGAAACAUCUGCAAAGGGCGUGUUAUUAUGGCAGGAAUAUUUUGGGAUAAUAAACGGGAAAAGGAAUUUAACACUUAUGUGGCCAGCAGGGUACCCGGGUACCUUUUUCAAUUUCAAAUCUCGAUAUUUUAAUGGUUGUUGUGACUAGGAUGUUGGAACUCUGUUAGAUCUUAGAACUCGUGAAUAUACAUCUAUUAAUGGGGUUGUCCGAAUUUUAAAGUGAGGAGGGGCAGGGGGAAGGGCUCCUGCAUUUUUUUAUUACGUGGAAGGCCGGCAGGGUACCCGGGUACCCACGAAAUUGAAAUGAUCAUAUCUCCGUCAAUUUUUCAUAGAUUUUGGAAAUUUUUAGCUCAUUCAACUCAGAAACUCAUCAUCUAUCGGGAAAAUAUUUAGUUAGACCGAUCUAAUCACCGUGGUUUUCGGAAAAUCCAUAUUUUUGGGAGCAUGUCCUUAUACCAUAUUGAAACCCACAUUGUUAAGGCUAGGAUAUCUUAAAGUGUUUAUGGUCAACCAUGACCCCACGAGAAGCGUGUUCCGAAAUCACAGUUUCAAAGUCAACACGUUUUAUGAUUCCAGGCCAGUCAGAUACAAUAUGCCAAAGCAAUAUUACGAUGCUUGGUACCGAAAUUGCUACUAACCUACCGAAAAUCCCGUAUAUUGUAUUGUAUAAAAACAUGGAUCCGUAAAUCCGGAUUUUCCGGUACCCAUGGUGAUCGGACCGGUCCAACCAAAUACGAUCUCGAUAGAUAAUGAGUUUCUGUGUUGAAUGAGGCAAAAACUUUUAAAAUCGGUGGAAAAAUCGCUGAGAUAUGAUCAUUUCCAUUUCGUGGGUACCCGGGUACCCUGCCGGCCUUCUACAGGUGUUUUUUUUGCUGGCCACACUACGGUUAAGGAAAAUUUGAUGGAAAAUUGGUCUUGUGGUGGAGCUACAAGUAGAAUUUGGAACCGACGGUUACAGUCUUCAGUCUCUUGUACUUGACUCGAGUCAAGGAAUUCAAAGGAACCGUACUUAAUCCGAUUUUUUUUUUAUUUAAUCUGCAUGUAUUUGUUUUGAAUUUUGUGUUAUUGGCUAUUUUGUGUGAAAAAUAUGGCACAUUCGUGAUUUUUUUUUUUUGGAAAACAAAACGUUUAAAUUUUAUUUUAUUGACUAUUUUGUAAGAAAAUUUUGGUAUUUUAAAAACUUGUUUGGUAAAAAGAAUUAAGAGUGUCAUGAAGGUGGUAUUAUUGUUCAACGUUCAUCAUUUCACGAAAAAAUUCAAGCCAAAAAACCAGAAUGCAUUGUGUUAUAUUUUUAUUUGAUGACUACUUUGUAUGCAAAAUUUGGUAUUUUCCUAGUAUUUUGAGUGAUAUAAAAUAUGAGUGUAAUAAAAACAUCACUAGGGUUGUUCAAAUGAAUCCACUAAACUACUACGAUAAAUUCAUAGUUAAAAAACUACAUAUCAUUGCUUUAAAUUUUGGCUUAUUCGCUUUUUUGUGGUAUUUUCGUACAUUUUUUAUAAAACAAAAUAUUAGUGUAAUGUAAACAUCAACAUUUUAUCAAAAACAGGUCCAGUUCAUUGUAACGGAAAUUUUAAGGCCAUACAACUACAUGUUAUGGCUUUAACUUUUGUUUUAUUGACGGUUUUGUAUGAAAAUUAUGGUAUUUUUGUAGCUUUUCGAGUAAAAUAAAUGAAGUGUGUCAUGAAAACAUCACUAUUAAUCAUCAAGAACGUCCAGUACGCUUUCACGAAUAAUUUAAAGGUAAAAAACUACUUUGCAUUGUAAGCCAACAUUUUUGUUAAGCAAAUUUGCGUGAAAAAUGUGGUACUUUCGUUAAUUUUUGAGUGAAUCAAAAUUUGAGUGUAAUGAAAACAUCACUAUUACCCGCUCUGCGGCAAUUCUACCUGGGUACUUCGCAACGUAUCUAAAUACCCAAGGUAAGAGAUUCCCGCAAAUGUCAAAAAUGAGACUCACCAACACAUCUGCGUUAGUUAUGAAAAGUUGGUGUUUUUACACUAAAAUGUCAUUAUUUCAGCAAAGUUUGUAAAGUUUUAGUAGUUUGGAUGUUUCUAAAUGCUGAAAAACUAUGUUUAGAACCAAUUAAAAAAAAAAUGUUACCGAUUUUCGAAUGGCGAUAUUUCCUGUUUUAUUGCAUGGAAGUCACUUUUAAUCCAUUAAGAUGCAAUUAAAUUAUUGCUUCUAUGAUGAGAGUGCUUAAUUUCUUAAGAAAGUUUGCUAAAUAGUGAUGCGCCCAUACAAAUCAGCGCAAAUUUCAUAACUAUUUUUUGCUUUUUUCCUUUUCUCACUAAUCCGUGAAUAUUAGCGGGAAUCUCUUACCUUGGUAUUUAGAUACUUUGGGUACUUCGUGUCUACUUAGUUUAGACACCUCCAUGGUUAAUCUAGCUAAGACACGCACUUUUUUUUCAUGGUUUCCAACCGGGCUAUAUUUUUGACGUUUGGUUUCGCCUGUUUACACUCUCAUCGAACUGGCAACCAACCGCCAUGAAAAAAGAAAAAAAAAAGUUUUUGUUCGUCGCAGUGCGAUUUAUUUAGAUUUGUUGGAAUCGGUUUAGGUAAAUAAUAGUUUAUUUUCGGUUAGUUGCUAGUUGCUAGUUGCUGUGGCCAAUAAUCAUCUCCAAAAGUAAGUACUUCGCCCUCGAAAUGUCGCAUCGACCCCUAAUUUGGUGUUUUUUUUUUGUUUCCUCCAACAGUCAAAUUAUCCAGCAGGAGCGGCUUCCGCAUCUGGUCUACGGCUAGCCCGGAACGGGUAAAACCAGUACGAUUCUGGCGUGCGCCCAGCAGCUGUACAAACUGCAGUCCUUCAAUCAAAUGGUGCUGGAGCUGAACGCAUCGGACGACGGUGUUAUCAACAUCGUCCGCAAUCAGAUCCUGAACUUUGCCACGACGAGGACAACUUUCAGCGGUGGGUACAAGCUUAUUAUCCUGGACGAAGCGGAUGCCAUGACCAACGACGCGCAGAACGCUCUGAGGCGAAUCACCGAGAAGUACACGGUGCGGUUCUGUAUUAUCUGUAACUACCCGAGCAAGAUCAUUCCGGCGCUGCAGUCGAGGUGCACUCGGUUCCGAUUUGCGCCCCUGGCGCCCGAUCAGAUUCUGCCGCGGUUGGAACACGUGAACGAAGCCGGAGGGAUGAAGAUGUCGGAGGAUGGAAAAAAGGCGCUGAUGACACUGGCCGGAGGCGAUAUGCGGAAGGUGCCGGUAUUUACGGAUCAUCUUCCAUCCAGCGAUGUUCACCGUCGGCGACUGGGAAAAUGCCGAUGCUCCCACACCUCACCGGAUUAACGGCAAACUGCCGGAAAAAUAGGAAGUAAAGUGAAAAGAAAUAAAUAUUGAAUAAAUAUGUUUGAAAUCUUA